UGUCUGCUGGCGUUCAGGCUGGGGCCGCGGGGGGGGCACCCCUGGAGGUCUGGGGCUCUUCCCCUCAUGCUACCCCCCUUUCCUUUUUACUGCAAAGAUAGGUUCUUUAAAAAGAUGAUCUUAUGGAUCUUUGCAGAACUGAAAGAGAGCCUGUGAAGCUUCCUGGAGAUUUAAACGUGUGCAUUCAGCUGCCCAAGAGCAGGGAGCCCCCGAGCAGGACAAUAGCUAUUGUCGCUGGGGAGUGUUUGCGGGUGGUUGAGAGCGCAGGCGGAUGUGAAGCUGGACUUUUUUUUAAAGCAAACAGCGCCUCAGGUCACCAUGGCUGACCGGGCUGCUGCUGAAAGAGCCUGCAAAGAUCCCAACCCCAUCAUUGAUGGCAGGAAGGCCAACGUGAAUCUGGCAUACUUGGGAGCAAAGCCAAGGAUCAUGCAACCAGGUUUUGCCUUUGGGGUUCAACAACUUCAUCCAGCCCUUAUACAAAGACCUUUUGGGAUCCCCGCCCACUACGUGUACCCGCAGGCGUUCGUGCAGCCGGGGGUGGUCAUCCCGCACGUGCAGCCCGCCGCCGCCGCCGCCUCCACCACCCCUAUCAGGGAAGCAAACUGCCUUUUACACGUUAGGAAAUGCUCUUUGAAUCUAGUUGAACCAGGGAAUACCGAGUGA